AUGUCACCUCCAGCCUCUGCUAAAAAUGAUGCCGUGUCUCGCGUGGUCCAAAUGGACACACUGGCCCCAGACACGUCAGAAAAGGAUGUGCAACCCAACGUGAUUGAUUUCAACAGCAAGAAGCGGAGCCUUUUCCAGUGGUAUCACCCAGAUGACGGGCCUGUUGAGAGGAAACUGAUCCUGAAGCUCGACCUAUCCGUUCUCGUCUUUGCCUGCUUCGGCUUCUGGUGCUUGUACAUCGACCGCGGCAUGUUCAUCAAUGCCUACAUCAGCGGGAUGCGAGAAGACCUUGGAUUUCUGGGCAACGAACUGGUCCAGCUCAACUCAAUCUUCACCGUUGGCUAUGCCAUUUCCAUCAUUCCUCUCACAGUGAUCAAUACUCGACUUCCUCCUCGUCAGGUCAUCCCAAUUUGUAUGGCAAUCUGGGCGAUCUUCACAACUCUGCUUACACGCGCCAACUCGUAUGGUGAGGUGGCAGCCUAUCGAUUCCUCGUCGGAUUCGCAGAGGGUGCCUUUUUCCCGUCAAUCCAUUAUGUCUUUGGCAGCUGGUACAGACCUGAUGAGAUCGCCCGGAGAGCCGGCCUGUUUUACGUGUCGGCAGCCAUCGGCACGUUUUCGACAGGUUUCCUCGCUGCCCGCAUCUAUGCAGACCUGGACGGUGCCAUGGGUCGCGCAGGCUGGCGGUGGAUGUUUCUGGUUGGCGGAGUUGUGUGCUUACCUGUCGCGAUCUUCGGUUAUAUCACAUUCCCUGGAACUCCCAGCCAUGCCACGCGCUGGCUCUUCACCGAAUCAGAGCUGGCACUGAGCAGGGCCAGGAUGGAGGCAGUUGGACGAAAACCCAACCAAGCCGUUGCCUUGAAGCUAUCCUCUAUCAAGCGUUUCCUGGGCGGGUGGCAUUUCUGGGUGUUGGUGCCCUGGAGUGUCAUCUUCCAGCAGGGAUAUCUGGUCAUGCCCCAGGGUACCUGGGCCCUGUGGAUUAAGAGCAACAAGCAGUACUCGGGCGUGACGGUCAACAAUCUCACCGCCGUCGCUCCCUGCGUCGCCAUUGUAUGGUCGAUCGCCUUUUCCUGGAUCAGCGACAGGUAUGGUCCCAAGUCGAGGCUGCCGCUCUUUGCAUUUGCCCACUUGACCAUGGGGUUGGGUCACCUCGCCUUUGUCCUCUAUGAUUCUUCGCCGUUUGGAUACAAGUGGUUCGCCGUUGCAGUGGGCCAGGUCGAAAAUUCAAUGGCUCCCAUCAUGUAUUCCUGCGCCAACUUGAUAUGCGCCAACGACGCCGAGGAACGCGCAUUCAUCUUGAGCGCAAUGUUGGCUUUCGCAAUGGCCUUCAACAGUUGGGUGCCCAUUGUGCUGCUGCCAACUACAGAAGCACCAAGAUUCUUCAAAGGUUACUUGGCUGGGCUCAUAGCACAACCCUUGUCUUUUGCACUGGCGGUAUUGGUAUAUUAUCUUGACAAGGACGGUCGACGCCCACGAGGACAGAAGACGGCUCUCUGA